GAAGCAUAGCUUCCUUCGAAUAUCGAAGCAUUCCUUCUUAGUACAAUAUACUCAUCGGUAAUGUUCUCUUCGCCAUCUUGAAAAGUCCUUUCUCGUCUUUUUCCCGUAGGUGUUGCACGUGGAAGUCCAAGAUGUCGCACUUGAAUUGGAUGAUAAUCCGCAACAAUAAUGCCUUUCUUCUCAAGAAGCGUAAUAUCAACAAGCCGUUUUCUACGGAAGCCAACAAUUUGACGAAUCUGAGCAGUUAUCGCUACUCUGGCUUAGUUCACCGUAAAAGCGUGGGCGUGAUUGAUACCCCUGACAAAAAGGGAUUCACAGUUGUCUAUAAGAAGGCUAAGGCAGUCAAUAAGCCUGCCAAAGCUACUGUGAAGAGCACGAUGAAGUCUGGAGCUCGUCGUUCCCUUCACAAGUUAAAGACUCUGCUUAGAAAAAAUAAAUAUCGUGUUGAUCUUACCAAGGCUGCAUUGAGACGAGCCAGCGCUGUAUUACGAUCACAGAAACCUCUUCCCACUAAGAAGACACGAGCUACUAAAAAAACCGAUUAAUUUGUAUACUUUAUUAAAUAUACAUUAUAAAUAUUUGAAUAUUUGUAAUGGACGAUGUAUUCUGUGAAGUAAAUGUACUUUAGCUUUAAAAAA